CAGAGGGUGGCUCGCGCCUAGCGGCGAGGAAUACGUCGAGGUGUCGCGCACGCGCGUAUAACGGGUCGCGGUGUAGCAGGCGCGCGCGUCGCGUCGUCGGGGCACCGAGCAACAGAGUGCCGUGUGUACACCCCCGCCCACGUAUUCGUCGUCGUGUGCGGCUGGCAGCCCGAAGCUCGGCUGGCCGCGCUCACCCCCUAGCGACCGACGCCCGGCGAUCUGCUCGUGAACGAGGAUAAUGCGCUCGCCGUCUCGCGCGAGGCAACCCUGGCAGCCGCGCCAUCGAGCCACGUAAAGAAGCUCUUUAAUGUCACACCGUGGACGAGUAUGAUUCUGGCUGGAUCAGACCACUUCUUGGCGGUGGAAGUGACUGCAGUUUUGGGUGCCGUUGCCGGUUUCGUAGUGCUCCUUCUAGCUCUUUUCCUUUACCUGUCCCGGAAGUGGUGCUUCACGCCGCCUUCGUCCACCGCGCUCUUCGGCGGAGUCUGUGUGCCUCUCUGUGAGUCCACCAACAGCUCCACAUCUCAAAUCUCGAAAAACAUAGGGAAGGCAUUCUCUUAUUCGGAUCCGGAAACAAGCUCUGAUUCAGAGGAAGACGCUCUUCGACGAUUAAAUUUGCGUUCACAUCCUACACCAGACACGUUGACCAUCCAAGCGGAGGACGGACCAACGACUAUCGUAGAUGCUGGGACCACUUCCAGUAGUUGUACUGAAGAACAUUCUCCAGCAGAUCAACAACAGUGUGUGGUGGAAGUUGGAGCUUCUAGCAUUAUACUCGAUAACCGGGAACAGGAGAUACAAGUCGAGCAAAAUGACUCGACAACUAAUGACGUCAUCACAACAAUGGGUACAGUGGCUAUCGAGGAAAUUGGUAGUUUGGAAGUCGCUUUCCUAUAUGAUGCCCCAAUGCGCGAGAUGACAGUUCACGUAUUACAAGGGCGGAAUUAUCCCGCUGGCAUUGGCGGCAGCCAGGUACGAUUAGUGCUGCUACCAUCAAAAAAGCAAAGACGUAAGACUCGGGUUCGACAAGGGACAUCCCCCCAGUACAUGGAGAGCUUUUUGCUUCCUCGUGUAAAUCCUGAGGAUGUAAACGCGAUGGGGGUACGACUCAGAGUGUAUCUGUGGGGCGGCAGGAUGAUGCGCCGGGAAAGAUUGUUAGGCGAGACCAGAGUGUCCUUCGACCAUAUUAAUCUCCAGUUAGAGACGACUCUGUGGUUAACUCUUCAACCACCGCUUUCUUCCUCGGCGCAGGAUUGGGGAACCACUAGCAGUUUAACUCGUAGUGAUUCCACGGGAUCCCAACAGUCAGUCCAAUCGUACGCUUCUCCAGCCAUACCACCCUACGGCAGCAGCAUGAAGGGAGGCAGUGUCGCUGAAAUUUUAAUCGGUUUGGCGUACAAUGGCACGACAGGCCGCUUGUCAGUGGAAAUAAUCAAGGGUUCCCAUUUCCGUGGUGGAGGCGGAAACGAUACAAAACCUCCCGACACUUACGUCAAAUUGGCUCUUAUUGAUAGCAACAAUCAUGAAAUGGGCCGGUCUAAGACCGGCUUGAAACGCGCCCAACCGAAUCCCCUCUACAAGGAGACUUUUAUAUUUCAGAUCGCGUUGUUCCAACUGGGAGACGUGACACUCUUCCUUUCCGUGUACAACCGUCGACGAGGUGGAAUGGGCAGAAAGGGUCGGGAGAUGAUCGGUUGGCUCUCUUUAGGUCUGAACAGCUCCGGAUCGGAAGAGCUGCAGCAUUGGAAUGAUAUGCGAACGGCGAGGCAACCUAUGCAAGUACAACGCUGGCAUUCGCUACUGCGUCCUUGAGGUGUCUUCGUGUGAGUGCCUCUCAUGGAUUCAUUCUUGAUGCAGCUGAUUCGAGCGCGAAACGAUUAAACGAUUUAACCGUCGUACUCGCCGAAGAGUACGGAAAAUGGCUGAUCGUUUUUAGAGAGGAACAAUUGCUCGCGGCAGGCUUUAUCUCGAGAGAGAUUUCAAUUCUUUCUCCUUAUCUUACGGAGACGUACUGUGUACUGCCUGGUUGAAGAACGGAAGUCAAUAUUCCAAUCGGUCUGUCAAUUCCAAGUCAGAGCCCGAACAAUACAAGUGUCCAAAUGACGUUGUAAAGACAUUCUCUUGCAUGUCUGUUAAUCGAGAGCAAUCAUGAAUAUUGUACAUGAUGACAUAAAGUUCAAAAGCUAUCUUAAUGUUUUGGAGCUCUGUUAAACGAAUAUCGAUGUCUAAACGGCGCUUUAAGUAUCCUAAAAGAUGCGUGUAACUUUCAAUAUCGCGAAUUUUAAAUUAAGUCCUUUAGAAACUUUCUGGACUUUUGUUUUGUUCGGGAUGCUCUGUUUGGAAUACUGUAAACUCUGAGUUACAUAAACUCUUGUCUAAAUGUACCAAGUACAUUUCCUUUUUGAUACGCUGAUGGGAGCAGUGUGGCUAGUCUUCGAUGUUGAGGGUCCCGACGAUCGCGUGAUCGUUGUCCCGGCGUUUAUCGACGUUCCGGCCCAAUCGUCGUGCCUGUCCUGGCACGAUGCUCUCCGACUCGACAUGUGCCUGAGCCAAUCUGAAUCAUUUAUUUUUUACUUUGUGCCUUUCACCCUUUUUAUGCCGCGCGCCACGCUAAAUGGAGAAUUGUCCUGAAAUGUAAGCGGAAUUUAAAUGUUCGCACAAGGUGUCAUUUCGAAAACAGAUGGUUACAUUUCUUGACUUCAUAAUAUUUUAACAUAUGCAGGGUGGUUAUGCGAUAGAGGAUCUGGAAUGCUUUAAUCAUUUUUAAAGUACUUUGAGAAUCCGGAAAACACUUUCGCGUGGAUCGGGAAAUGUUCUAGGAAAAUUAGAGUUCCACAAUUAAUUGUUGAGAUAGGGAAGAGCCAAAUGUUGAAAUCCAGGAAGAGCCAAAGAAGUUCCUGUGAUUUAGUAAAGCUAUUCUUAAAAAUCGAAGCGUCGCUCGAUUUUAUUUGUAUCGAAGCCUAAAAGAAGAAAAGUUAUUUAAAUCUUCAGAGAUUUAAUAGAAAAUUUCUAAGAAAAGUUAGUACUUUAAUGUAUAGGAAACACUGUUGAAAUGUUUCCUUGAAAAACAUAAAUGUUUCUUUUUUGGAAAACUUGAGAAUGUGGAGGAAUGAUUCGUGUGUCCACCCUGAGAUAGGAUAACAUCGGCACAAUGAAUUAUUAUUGCUCGGCCAUGUCUGCCGUUUCUAUAGAUUAGCAACGGAAUUGUCGAGACACAUUUUUAAUAUUUGUUUUUUUUUAUAAGAACUCUAUAAAUGUAAAUUAAUACAAUAUUGAGAUAACAAGCCUCUUUAAUGGAUUUGGAUCUUACUGUCUUUUAGAAACAUUUUAUUGAUUUGUAAAGUUUUUCAAUUUUCGAGACUAAGACGUAUUUCGAAAAUAUUUGAUCUGAACUGAAGAGUUCAGAUAAAAUAUUUUUGAAAUAAACUCACUACUUAUAUUUUUAGAUAAUAGUCGAUUAAAAGUUGAUUUGAUUAUUAAUACGUAAAUUUUCGAUUAAAUACAAAAGUAUCGAUAAAAAAAUGGAAUUCUUUGUAGAAAAAAAUUAAACAUUCUGUAAUUUGUAUUAUGUUUCUGUGAUAAGUGAAUACAUUACUCAUAGUUUUAUGUAUCUCAAUCAUUUUUCAUUGUUUUUUAAAUCAUAAAUUAUUACUGUUGUACCGUUCCGUCAUUGUGUCGAUAUUAACCCAUCUUAUAUAUGAUUGUACAGUGGUCAAUAAUGCUUUUUCGCUUAAAGUUACUAGCAUUUCAGGCAAACAUACUUGCAGAUAUGUGUACGUCAUCUACACCGUUCAGCCUGAGACGUUGUUUCGGAGCUAUUCGUCAUGCUAUAUGUAUAUAGCUCAUUAAUUGCCACUACGCACACGUAAGUUACAUUUAUCUUUAUAUUGGAGUUGCAUAUUAGUGUCUCUAAUUUAUUACUUUAGUUUGGGACCGUAUAAAACGCGUCAAAUUCAAAUCUUUAUUCUACACACCUUGAUAAGAACUGUUCUUAAACAAUUUAUGGAGCAACCUGGAUCAAUAUUUAUUUGAUGAACUUAAGAAAAUAUUUAUUUUUAUAAAAUUCUCGAUAAUGUUCUAUCAACUGUGCGUUUAGUUCGUAGUAAUUUAUCAAUAAACUCGGUCAACUGUGCCCUUAAGGCUUAAUCGGAAUUAAUCAGAAAUUAUUCGCACACUGCUUUUUGAUCCGUAAAAUAACAUCAUUAAGUAAUCAUCAAAUCAGUUAUUACGACAAAACGGAACGGUAAUUGAGUAAUAAUUACCUGCGAAACUACUACUAUUGUUCACCUGAUAUUUGACAAGAAUUAGGUAAAUUGUUCGAGCAGAAAAUUUGAGGUGAAGGAUAUUCAGGAGAAUAUUCUAGAGAGAAGAAAACAACUCCACUGCUUUGUUAAACCAACGAGAAACUUUUAAUACAAAGUUCUACCUCAUUAUGGCAAUAAUGUUGCAUUCCAUUAAUAAAAUUAAUCCUUAAUUGCGCAUUUUUUAUGGUCCCAAAAAACUACGAAUUAAAGACAUUAACUAGUACGGAGUAUUUACUAUCGGAAAAACCUGGAAUUUUCAGAGAAUUUAUUUUUAUUCUCGAAAAUCAUGCGGACAGAUUGUUAUAUAUGUUACAUGUAAUUUAUAUUAUAUUUUUUAUUUUCCUAAAUUUAAUAUUCAAAACUUAAGUGACUUUUCUUUAUGAAUGUUCAAGAAGCGUUAAUAAAAGGUAUAAUAAAAUAAAUCUAUUUCAAAACAUUGAAAAAUCUCCUUACCUGAGAUUUUGAAUAAAAAAUUUCUGAAAAAUCCGGGAAUUCGUAGAGAAGUCUUUUACAGAAUUUGAGUAAACACUCUGUAAUGGCAAAUAUCAGCUGCAAUGUACGAAGAUAAAUGCAACAUCUGAAGUAGUGCAUUUAUGUGAUCAACAGACGUUGUGAAUAUUUGGAAUAGCUGCUAAGCUGGCAGGAGCAUUUGAAAAUUUAUUCGAACGUAACAUUAUCCCAUAAUGGGAUAACUUCAAGCGAAAAGGCAUCAUUAACCGUUUAUAUUCGAUCUUGAUAUCCGAUCUGCUUGUGUUUGUUCAUAUAAAUCAAUGUGAUGAAUAUCGGGCCCGUGUUCUCGCGUGCAUUUAACAUUGAAUAUAGCCAUCCGAUUUUUUCUUGUUGAUAUCUAGUCUUAUGCAGUUCAACAAAAACAAAAAAAAAAAAAUCAUUUCUUGUGCCCUUUUCACGUUAUAAUUUUAAGAAAUUUGAGAUUAUUGUUAUAAAAAGAUUUGAGUCAGCAACCGCAAUAUUUUACUCGAAUGUACCGUCAGUAUUUUGCUCACUGAAUAAUUUAACAAAAUCCCAAAACUUGUAUAAAUAAUUAAAAAAUAUUCAAUACGUUAUUCUUGAUUCUCAAAAGAAAGAAGAGAUUUAAUUAAUAAUUUUUCCGUAACAAUAGACAUCCCAAUAUUUAAUCGGAGAAAUCUUAUUAGUUUAAUUUUCGUACAAUUUUUUUAAGUAAGUUUUAACAAUAGAAAUUUUAUUAACGAUACACUUAACUAUAUAAUAAAUGGAUAAUAAACAUUUUCAACAUGUUACGUGCUAUAACUUUGUAGCACAGCGAAUAAGUUCACGAAAAUAGCUUUCUUUUAUAUUUUUUUAUCACAUUUUCUAUCUCAAACAUCUUAAAAUUGUAACAUGACAAAGAAGAGUGAGAAUUACAGUGAUAAGAAAUGUAAUUUCAGAAGACAAAAUUAUGGGAAUAAUUAUUCCUGCUUUUGCGUUUGACAAAGUUAGUUUUUGUUGAACUGCAACGUGGGCAUGCAUGAAUGAAACGUAGAUACCUAGUGAUAAUUAACUCUAAAAACGAAUGAAAAGUAUCAGUGAUGAGCUUAGUCUAAUGCUUAGCUAAUAACUUGAGCUUAAGAUUAGGAUAUUAAUGGCAUUUAACACCAAGAUUGGUCACAAAAAUAGUAAUUUCAUGCGAGAAAAGCAGUCUUGCUUUAAAAAAAAUAACUUAUUACUAAAUUGUUAACAAAUUAAUGUUGGCGAAAUUAAUAUUAAGCUAAAUGGCCAUUGAGAUGCUUAAUAUUAACUGAUAUUACGUAGGAAAAUUCAUACCACGCGUUUUGUUCGUCAAGGGACUUAUAAAUAAUACGUAUACCUAUUUAUACGCAAUGAUUUUUCUUAUUGAUUAUUCACUUUGCGUGUUUGGCUGUUAAUUUUAACUUAUAUAACUGGUAUCUCACGUUCCCUUCAGGUAUGUCUGAAGAAGAGACUUUGGAUGGAUUAGCGGCAAGUGUAAUAGUAAGAUAAGAUUAGGACACGGGCAUUGGUGUCUUGAGAUGGUUCGAGAAUGGAUUGAUACACGCGUGGGCUGGCAAUUGUCGCCGCGUGAUGUGACGGCGAUGAUGAUGCAUGGUUUUAGCGCGAGACCUCUCGGAACGAGAUGGGAAACGAGACCAACAGUUCGACAAUUCAAUGACGCACAAUGACUCGCAAAACGCACUUCAUAAUGCAAAUGUGAUUGUAGAGUCGAUAUAUAUUAUAACUGAAAUAGAAACAUACACGAUCACGAGUACGCUAGGGAUGUGGCAUAAUCUAUGCAUUAAUAUUAGAACUUUUGAGCAAGGGGUUCCUCCGUCAAUAGCUAUACUAGAGGAUACGCAGAAGUAGAGGAUACGAUUAAAGGCGCGAUUUAAAUUUACGCCCGAGUUAGAUUAUGGGAGAGAAAUUGAUUUAAUAUAAAGAUGUACAAAAUAUAAAAAAAAAACUA